AUGGGAACCACACAAGAGGCCGGAAGAAAGAUGCCAGAUCUGGGGGUCAGGAAGGAUGCAGAAGCAGAAGCAGGAGCAGCCCUGAGACUUGGGGAACUGGAGCUGAAGGAAGAAUGGCAGGAUGAAGAAUUCCCUAGAUUGCUUCCUGAGGAGGUUGGCCUUUCUGAAGCUCCUGAAGACCUUAAAAGAGACCCCCAGGCAGGUACCCCCAGCACCCUGGCUCUGUGUGGCCAGCGCCCCAUGAGGAAGCGUCUUUCUGCCCCAGAGUUGCAGCUGAAUCUGACCCAGGAGCCCGGAGGCAGUGCGGCUUCCCCUGCCCACUCGGCACCGUCCUCUCCCGACGGCAGUUCUGACCUGGAGCUAGAGGGGCUGGAAACACCUUCAGACUCGGAGCAGCUGGACAGCGGCCACGAAUUUGAAUGGGAAGAUGAGCUGCCCCGGGCAGAGGGUCUGGCGGCCAGUGAGGCUGCGGAAAGGCUGGGCCGGGGUUGCGUGUGGGACGUGGCUGGAGAAGACGGGCAUCGCUGGAGGGUGUUCCGAACAGGACAGCGGGAGCAGCGAGUGGACAUGACUGCCAUUGAGCCCUACAAGAAAGUCCUGUCUCAUGGAGGUUACCAUGGUGAUGGACUCAAUGCCGUCAUCCUCUUUGCUUCCUGUUAUCUACCCAGAGGCAGCAUUCCCAACUAUGCCUAUGUCAUGGAUCACUUGUUUAGGUAUAUGGUGGGGACUCUGGAGCUGCUGGUGGCUGAAAACUACCUGCUGGUUCACUUGAGCGGCGGCACAAGCAGGGCCCAGGUUCCACCUCUGGGCUGGAUACGCCAGUGUUACCGCACUCUGGAUCGGCGGCUCCGGAAGAACCUGCGCGCCCUGGUGGUGGUCCACGCCACGUGGUACGUGAAGGCGUUUCUGGCACUGCUUCGGCCCUUCAUCAGUUCCAAGUUCACACGGAAGAUCCGUUUUCUGGACAGUCUGGGAGAGCUGGCCAAACUUAUCUCCCUGGAUCAAGUCCACAUCCCUGAAGCUGUCAGACAGCUGGACCGGGAUCUCCACGGCUCAGCAAGUGCCUAG